AUGGGAAAAUACCUGUCGCUGCUACUGCUGCUGCUGUGUCUCUCCUCGUUAUGGGGAUUCCUGCAAGCUCUGACGUGUGUCCAGUGUCCUCGAAUCAGUGCUGACGGGGUUUGCAAGAGCCGGGAAAGCUCCUGCCAGGCUCAUGGCAGCCAGCAGUGCUUCCUGAGGAAAGUCUAUGAUGGUGACAAAUUCCUGUAUGGGUACCAGGGCUGUCGCGACUUGUGCGUUCCCAUGUCCUUCUUCAACCGAAAGAAAAAAGUGGAUUUUACAUGCUGCGGUGACAAAUCGUUCUGUAACAGGCUUUAGAGGCCUGGCCCUUUCUCACCUUGUUCUCCUUUGGACAAGCAUUGGCCCUCCAACUCAGCCCUUCCCUGCACUCCUGUAGCCUUGAAACACUCUGGGCGGUUUUUCUCCAGCACUGCCCAAGCCUGACACUUGCUUGUUCUCAGUAUCAGGUGUUGGCAUUUCAAUAGCUCACUCCUGAAUACUCUCAGUGCUCCUUCCUCAGAUUCUAGUUUCCUUUCCUCUCUCCCUCCAUCACUGGUUGGCAUAUAGCAAGCUCUCCCAGCCCCUUCUCCAUCUUUUUCUUCCUUCAACAAAUAGUUUUUAAUUACUAAACACUCUAUGCGCUGAUUAUACAACAGUGAGUAAUGUCAGACCUGAUCUCUGCCCUCAAUGGAUUUUCAGCUUGGUUAUUUCUUGGGAUUAAAUCUAUAGCCUUGGGCACACUAAGCACUUGCUCUACCAGUGAGCUACGCCCUAGCCCUCCAUUUACAUUUUGCAUGUACACACACACACACACACACACACACACAAACACGCGUGCACAUGCGCGCACACCACACACAUUGCCUUUUCUUGGCCUUUUGGAAAGUUUCUACAGUAUCAUUUUUUUCCUAAUAAAUCCCAUGUUUUUGAA